CCCCGCUGGGGCUGGGGGCUGGCGCUGGGGAUGGCGCUGGGCGUUCGAGCGGCGCCGGAGGGCGGCGAGGCUGAGAGCGGGCGGGAGGAGAAGCCGCCGCCGCCGCCGCGGGGCUUCGGUGCGGCCGUGGAGAGGAGCAGGGACCUGGUGCGGAGGAUCAAGGAUGAAGCAGGAAUCCCAGGUAUAAUAGUUGGAGUUUCUGUUGAUGGAAAGGAAGUCUGGUCAGAAGGUUUGGGCUAUGCUGACGUGGAGAACCGUGUGCUGUGUAAGCCAGAGACCAUCAUGCGCAUCGCCAGCAUCAGCAAGUGCCUCACAAUGAUGGCUGUUGCUAAACUGUGGGAAGAGGGGAAACUGGAUUUAGAUGCUCCAGUGCAGAAAUACGUCCCUGAAUUUCCAGAAAAGGUCUACGAGGGUGAAAAGGUCACUAUUACCACAAGACUGCUAGUUUCACACUUGAGUGGGAUUCGUCACUAUGAAAAAGAUAUUACAAAAGUAAAAGAAGAAAAGGAAAAGGCAAACAGAGCACUUAAGCUAACAAAAUCCCAUCAGGAUAAAGAACAAAAAGAAGGUAAAGGGAUUGAAAAAUCUGAUUGUGUCAAACAGAAGAAAGAACAUGAUAAUGAGACAAAAAGCCGAAAUUCAAAGCCUGGCAGGAACAAGGAGUUUGAACAGGAAGAGUAUUAUUUGAAGGAAAAAUUUGAAAGUGUGAUUGAAUCACUGAAGAUAUUUAAAAAUGAUCCUUUAUUCUUCAAACCAGGUAGUCAGUUCUUGUACUCAACGUAUGGCUUUACUCUCUUAAGUGCUGUUGUGGAGAGAGCUUCAGGACAAAAAUUUACAGAUUAUAUGCUGAAAAUGUUUCGUGAUUUGGAUAUGCUGUCAACUGUGCUAGAUGACAAUGAAGCAAUGAUCUAUAACAGAGCAAGAUGUUACAUUUACAACAAAAAGGGACGGCUGGUAAAUGCACCGUAUGUGGACAACUCUUACAAGUGGGCUGGUGGUGGCUUUCUGUCAUCAGUAGGUGACCUCCUGAAAUUUGGAAAUGCCUUGUUGUACAGUUAUCAAGCUGGACAAUUUAAAAAUAGGAAUGCCAAACUUCUUCCAGGAUACCUCAAGCCAGGCACAGUUGCAAUGAUGUGGACUCCAGUGCCAAAAACAGAAGUGUCGUGGGACAGGGACGGUAAAUACGCGAUGGCUUGGGCUGUGGUGGAGAAAAACCAGCAGUACGGCUGCUGCAGGCAGCAGAGGCACUAUGCAUCCCACACUGGGGGUGCUGUGGGGGCCAGCAGUGUUCUCCUCAUCCUGCCUGAAGAGCUGGACCCUGAAGCUCUGGGUGCUUGGCCAGUGGCACCCCCCAGAGGAGUGAUUGUCACUAUUAUAUGUAACAUGCAAUCGGUUUCGCUCAACAGCACUGCCUUAAAGAUUGCCAGGGAAUUCGAGAAAGAAAAACGGGCACAGUGUAUGGACUGAAAGAGAUGUGUGUGAGUGAGCUCACUGUACUGAAAAACAAAGGGAGAAGGGUGGAAUUGCACUUCGAGUUCACUAAGAAUAUGGGAAGAAAAAGCAUAAACAAUUCACUUAAUUAACUGCUACUGGUGCUAAACUUACAUCUUAACUGGAAUUAAUCUCUCAGGGAAGUUCCUAACAGAAAAUGAGAAUGUAACAGUCAAUGGUGACUUUCUGCAGUACCUGUGUAAAUUAUCAUCAUAUUAGCAGGUUAUUUUUACCAAUUAGUGAAACACUUGACUAAGAUAAAAAAAUAGCUUUUUUUUUUCUUUUACACUAAGAAGUACAAAUUAUCUACCUUGAAUGUUCAACUUUUGAUAAAUUUCACGUCUUGAUUUGAGCACACAAAUAUGUUGUUUGUUAUUCUCAUAGUAGUUCCAGUCUGCCAAAACUAUUCAGUAUUACUUUCUAAAGAAAAAGUGUGUCACUGUUGCUUUUUGUUUUCACAUACCACUUCGCUUAUUUGCUUAAAAAAACAACAAAACCCAAACCUUGAAGCUGCCUCCAGAAUGCAAAUUUAUACUAGAAGCAAGCUUUUAUCAGAGCUGUGGAUUAAGAACUAGAAAAGAAUGAAUCUAGAGCAAUGUAAGUAAAAGUCUUUUUGUUAUUUAGAUGUUCUCUCACCCCUUUUUUUGGACACAGAGAAUGCGUGAAAUUAGUUUACUGUGCAAUAAUGGAAUUAUUUUAGAGUCAAAUCCACCCACAUACCACAAUGUGGCAAUCUAACUGUCCCAUUGUCCUGUGCUAACGAGGUAGCCAGAAAUGGCACUGUGUUCUGUAGCAUAUUCCCUUGGAAACAGGAAUUAGGAACUCAGCUCAAUACAACUUAAAGCCCAUUCUUGAAGCCAUUUUGCAUACUUGAGAGAAAAGUUUCACUUGCUGCCUGUUGUGUGUGGAUUUAGACAAAGAUUGAGAAUGUAGAAGGUGUAGGUUUACUGUUAUGCUUGUUUGCAUAUGACUAAACAAAUGUAAAUAUCUGAAGUAUGUAUGAAAAUGAAAAAGGGUAAAAACUAAGGCAUUGCUAAUACCAUGAUAUUAAUGACAGUCUCACUCCCCACACAGAAUAUGUUUGACUGCCAAUUUUUACUUGCACACCAUGUUCUUUGUUCUUGAUCUCCUGUAACUUAAGGCUUUUUAAAAGCCUCUGAUGUUACCUGUGCAGUACUGGAGAUGCUCUGAUGCCUACAUUUCAUCUUCUAGUACCUGGAACAAAAUCAGUCCCUGACAGUCUCUGCUUAGGUAUUAAAUUAAUCAUGAGUUCUUAUCAUUUAGGGUAGAGAAGGCAGAGAUAUGAGAGACUAGGAAUCAAUCUGGCCUCAGCAUAUGUAUUCAGAUCACAAUUAAUAUUGCUACUUUGAUCUUUGUUCUAAAACCAGUCAUUUGAUGGGCUGGCAUUGUAUGUGGGAAACUGGUCAAUUAAGAGCAGCUUUCAUGAUAAACUUAUUGUGAGUGAACCAUUGUUGUGAGUGGCACUGACAUGGAGCUCUCUUUUCUUAAAAAGCACAUGUAUUCCAUUGGUACAGCUGUUUCUGGAUCAAACACCUCCUCCUACACAUGGUAAUUUUGCUGUUUGAAAUAACAGAAAUAAAACUUACCUUGCA